AUGAAACCAUCUAAACUGCAAGAUCAUCUGAGAAGAUGCCACCCUGAUAAAACAGAGAAAGAUUUGAAAUACUUUCAAACACUCAAAGAUAAAUUUCAGAAGGGACCUACACUGGACAGAAUGUUCGCUUCGACGUCACAAAGAAAUAAUGGUUUGCGGGCGUCUUACAAUAUCUCGUUACUUAUAGCAAAAUCCGGAAAACCGCAUACUAUCGGAGAGAAGUUAAUUUUGCUAGCCGUUGAAGAGGUUUUAAAAACUGUUUUACACAAACCUGCAUCUGAUAUCAUUAAAAGAAUUCCCUUAAGCAACAAUACUGUUGAAAGACGUAUUGAUGAAAUGAGUUCUGAUAUUGAAAGUUUCUUAUGUAAUUAUUUGCAAACGAGCCAUUUCUCUAUACAACUGGACGAGUCAACUUUACCUGAUAAUGCAGCAUUAUCAUUGGCAUAUGUUCAUUUUAUUAUGAAUCAAGAAACCUACGAAGAACUGCUCUUCGCAAGAACUUUGAUGACCGACACUAAAGAAUUUCUGGAUACUAAAGAUAAAAUUUUAAAAGAAAAUUUAAUGAAGAGGAAAACAGACAUCGCAUAUUUAAAAACAAAGUCCAUCUUAUCAGCGUUUCUUGCCAGAGUUAAACUAAUGAAGCAAAAUAUUGGACGGGGCGAAUUUUCUCAGUUCCCCAAUUUGUCACAGACAAGCUGCCAGGAAGACGUUUCAACUUACGUUCAACAUUUAAAUGCCCUCUGUUCAGAUUUUGAAUCUAGGUUUGAGGAUAUUUUGACUAUGGUAAUACCACCGUGGAUAAUUAAUCCAUAUGGUGACAUAGAAGAAACGAAUGUCAUAAUACAAGAGGAACUGACUGAACUAAGUACAAACGAAGAACUUAAGGUUCAGUUUAAAUACGGAUAUCAGCAAUUCUGGCUGCAAAACAACAUACCCGUUACUUAUCCCAUUGUUGAUUCGGCAGAAUACAUAUUUCCAAUGAGAGGACAUUCUUUUCUACCAAAUGAUUCAGAUUUUGCUUCAAUAGAAAAAAAGAAGAGACGCUUAGAGAGAGCCGAGAGACCAGAGGAUUGGGUUAAAGUGAUUUUAAAUGCCAGAAUGAAACCCAGCCCAUUUUAUUUGGUGGAAGUGAAACAGUACGACUUCUUUGAUAUAAAAUCCGCAACAUCCAACUAUUUCCUAAAUAAUUCAGAGCCGGCUAUUGACAUUAAAAACAUCAGGAUUUUGAGAAUUACUAGCCAAACAUCCACACUAUUUUUAAAGGAUACCUAUAACGGACCAUUUCAAAUCACGAUCGUUGCUCAAUCAAAUUUACCUUGCACUAUCCAACUUGAAAGACACCUCAAUGAACUACUACCAGUUGCUUCAAAUAAAGCAGGAAGUUUAAAAUUGCUAUUACCGUUACUACGCUUCGUAUCUAACAAAGAGUACUACGAACGUAUCCAUGAUAAUAAUACACCUAACUCCGAAAUUAAAGAAUACGACGAUAGCACUAGAUGCGCAGAUUAA